CAGGAUGGCGGAGAGACCCCCCAGCAGCCCCAGGGUGGCCUGGGAGGAGGUGGCGGCUCCCCGGGAGACCAGGUCUCCAGCGGAGCCCUACGCGGUGACCAUGGUCCAGCCGCUGCAGAUGGGCGAGACGCUGCCAGAGGAGAAUCCAGAGCAUCCAGAGCUCGAACCAGGAUGGGAUUCCGAGGGCAGCUGCUCGCUUUCUUCGCUUGACAGCAGCGAGUCGACCACGGUGUUUGGACUACACCUUGAGCCUUCUCAGGUGACAGACAUUGUCCUCAUUGCGAUCGAGGCCCUGACAGCAGAUGACAUCUCUGACAGGCAGAUGGGCAGCAACAUCCUGGACAUGGUCGUGCUAGACCCUGGCUACUGGCUGACGGACGUGCCAAAGUUCAUGAGGUACAUCCACAAAAACGUGGAGUGCAUCUGCACGGAGCCAGCCCGGCACAGCCUGGACUCCCUUCUCCUCCGAAUGACCGAGUGGUGCCCCAGAGAAGUGGUCAGGAGCCUGUUGAAGAUCUCGCCAACCUGUGACAGCGCUGCCCUGGCCAUGUGGGAGGUGAUGAUCUCCGUGCCUUGGAUUUUGUGGAGCGUCUUGACGGAGCUGCUCAGCGUGCUCCAGGACCAGCGGGUGCGCAAGGUGUUCAGCUGUGCCACGGAGGACGCCUGCAUCUAUCCCUUGGCUCUGCUGCUCUACACUGACAUUGACGCCGAGGAGUUUGCUGCCCUGUACAGAGCCCAGAGGUACCUGAGGCGUCCAAGCUCAGUGAUGCUCUCGCUGGUGCUCAGUGUCCUCAUCACGCUUUCGAAAAAACCUAAGAUGGCAACAAAAAUGCAGGUCCUGCUGCCAGACAUCAUGGAGAACCUGCAGGAUGCCAACGCCGAUGCCAAGAUGAAGGCCCUGGUGUUCCUCAGGAGCAUGAUGGGUGACGCGAAGACUGAGGAGGCCAGCCUCAUUGCUGUGCAGCUGGCGGAGAAGCUCCCACCCCUCUUUGAUGAUGGCUCUGGGGCCACUCAGCCUCAGCUGCACAGCGGGCCCACAGCUCCUGUGUUCGGGAUCCGAGCCCAGAGCAUCUCCCCUCACAUCAGCCACGCUAACGCCCUUGCUCACCAUGUGAUGAAGGCCGUGGUGGGGAUAAACAAGAAAAAGAUGAAGAAGAGAGUGCAGAGGGUCCUGCUCCCGCUCUUCCUCCACAUGAGCGAUGAGAUCGAGAGCGUGGCACAGGUACAGUGA